CACAGUCUCGAAUCUCAUUUUUCUUAUUAGCUUCCCCCUACACUCGGUUUUUCAACUUAUCACCUCUUCUGUGACGAUGCCGAUCUACUGUAAUUUGUAUUUUUUAUUUGGGUUAUUUUAAUUUCAUUUCUUUUUUGUGUAACUGCUGCACUUCGACCUACUCUUCUAUCCAUUUCUUCAUCACUUUCGUUCUAUAAUUGGCUCGUUUUGAUCUUUCUUUGAGAAGGAGAAGAGAUUUAUAAGCUGAGAAGAGUAUUUUGUGGUGCUUGUUGGUAUUAGUAUUGCCAGCAAAUGGUACUUCAAACUUUUGAUGAUAUAAAAUGACAUUGGAAAUAAGUUAUUUGAUUAGUAGAUCCAUGAAUUACUAAUCUUUAAAUAUCUCAGCAGUCAACCAAAUCCUUAAACUACCCAUCUUUGAAUAUUCAACUCCUUGCUCUUGAUCUUUGUUCAUUAAUCAAACCCAGAAAAAACUGCACAAAAAUAACACUUUUACUCGCUAUUUUUCUCUCCUCAUAACACACAAAAACAGGAAAAACCCACCUGAGUUCACCCAAAUUGCUCGACAAUUAUGGUGAAAUUCAGGAUUUUGAAUCAUGGGUUUACUUUAAUCUUGUGUUUUUUACUGUUGCAAUCUUCUAUUCUGCGUAUAGAUGCAAAAAGGUCCCAAUCUACCAAGGAAGCUUAUGUGACAUUAUUGUAUGGUGAUGAGUUCGUUUUGGGUGUUAGAGUUUUAGGGAAGUCAAUUCGUGACACAGGUUCCAAGAAAGAUAUGGUGGUUUUGGUUUCUGAUGGUGUUUCUGAUUAUGCCAAAACCCUUCUCGAGGCUGAUGGCUGGAUAGUGGAGAUGAUCUCUCUACUGCAGAAUCCCAACCGUGUUCGUCCGACAAGGUUUUGGGGUGUUUAUACAAAGCUCAAGAUAUUCAACAUGACCAAUUAUGAAAAGGUUGUAUAUCUUGAUGCGGAUACGAUUGUGAUCAAGAACAUUGAGGAUCUCUUUAAAUGCGGGAAGUUCUGUGCUAACCUGAAGCAUUCUGAAAGACUUAAUUCUGGAGUGUUGGUUGUUGAACCAUCUAAAAUGCUUUUUAAUGACAUGCUGAAGAAAGUUGGUACUUUGCCUUCUUAUACUGGAGGAGAUCAAGGGUUUUUGAAUUCCUAUUAUGCUGGAUUUGCCGAUGCGCGUUUAUUUGAUCCUAAUAUGUCACCUGAAGAGUUGAAAUCUAGACCAGUUCCAGAGAUGGAGCGCCUCUCUACUCUCUAUAAUGCUGAUGUUGGUCUGUACAUGCUUGCUAACAAGUGGAUGGUAGAUGAGAAUGAACUUCGUGUUAUUCAUUAUACUCUUGGUCCCCUGAAACCAUGGGAUUGGUGGACAGCCUGGCUGGUGAAACCUGUUGAUCUCUGGCAGGACAUUAGGCAGAGGGUUGAGGAAUCUCUACCUGGAACUGCGGGAGGAAGAAAUUCUCAAGAUGAACUCUUGGUCAAAGUUCUAUUUCUGCUCCCUUUCCUUGGUCUGAUCUUCCUUUACCACCAUUCUUUUCUUCUGGCCUUCGAAUUUUUUGGGUCGCUUUGUAGACCUUCAUUGUGUGACCGUAUGAGACACCUUGCUCUCAGAUUAAGAACUGGUAUUAUGAUUCCAUUUGCUGCAGUGUCCUCAUCAGCCACAAACUCCAGUCAACAGCUUUACAGUGGUUUUCUAUCCAAGGUUCCUUGGUUUCUUGGAGGAAUGUCAAUCUCUGUGUGCCUUCUAGCUUUUGUUAUAUCUCUUGGACUGGCUCUUCUGAUUGUUCCACGACAAGUGCUGCCCUGGAUCGGGUUACUACUUAUGUACGAGUGGACUUUUACUAUCUUCUUCCUACUAUUUGGAGGCUAUCUACGGCUGCUUCAGCAGUGGGGAAAAGUAAAAGCCAUCCAAGCCAGAUCUUAUUCGUCUGAUCCUGAAUCUUUAGAUUAUGAUUCUGGGAAAGGUCAUCAGCGGCAGGUGUCCUCUUUUGAUGCUGCAGUACUAUAUUAUGGAUUGGGAAUGGUUCUUCUAGCAAUUGCAGCACCAUCAUUGCCUUUCCUUCUUGGAAUUACUGCUUUGUUUGUGAGACUAGGUUUGAUGGUUGUGGGCGGCAUAGUUUUGGCUGCUUUUAUGACUUAUGCAUCAGAACACCUUGCUAUUCAGUCCUUCUUGAAAGGGCUUGAUGACCGAGAUGUGCCGUGGACAAGGUAGACAUGUUGGUAAAUGUAUGUAAGUUUUAAUUUCUCUUCUUUGUGACCUGUCAAUUUAGAUGGUUUCCCCACUCCAUUAUAUCAAGGGGAAGUUUUGUUAAUUCUGUUUGGGCCUGGAUUAUUUCGUGUGUUGUAAUGUUGUAGGAUCUCAGGCAACUUGUUUACAAAAUGUAGAUAUUUGCUAACUUUUUAGUUGUCGAAUGUAAAUGAUUUAGAUGUUGUAGUUCAUGAGCUAUUCGCAGCGAUAUCUGUAGUAUUUUCUUCGCA